CUGCGGUUUAUGCAUACAAAUCAACCAAUGAAAAGUCUCGUUCUAUUUGCCUAUUGAAUGAAAAAACGUAAACAAAGAUGGAGGGAAGGGAGACAUGUGCGACCACAUGGUGCAUCAAAACAAGUGAUUUUUGUUCAUUUCUGUCUCGGGAAUGAUAAUAUUUUAAUUGCAUGUAAGCAAGCAUUAUCCACACCUAAAAUUACAAUCAUGACAGGAAGUUUGGGAGAGAGACAGCCAAUUGCUGAAUCCUUUCAUUCAGCAGAGGAACAUCAUGAUAUAUGCAGCAGAAAGCUAUCACUGCUGGGUAGAUUCCCAAAACGAUACAUAGUGGGCAUCAUGGCAUUUUUUGGAUUCUGUAAUAUUUAUGCAUUAAGAGCAAACCUGAGUAUAGCUAUUGUUGGUAUGGUGGCGAAAUACAAUGUGACAAAUGAGUCUACCAUACUGAUUGAGCCUGGCUUCGACUGGAGCAGUAAACAGCAGGGACUCAUUCUAGGAGCUUUCUUUUAUGGUUAUAUCUUCACCCAGCUGCCAGGAGGUUUUCUUGCCAAUCGAUUUGGAGGGAAGUUUUUGUUUGGUGGAGGGAUAUUUAUCACUGCAGUGUUAACAAUCCUUACUCCUUUCUGUGCACAACAGAACAUUGCUCUCCUGGUCACAGUGCGUGUUCUGGAGGGUUUCUGUGAGGGAGUAACUUAUCCCUCCAUCCAUGCUAUUUGGGCCAAAUGGGCACCUCCUCUAGAGAAGACCAGACUGGUAGCUUUUGCAUUUUCAGGUUCCUACAUUGGCACUGUCUUUGCUAUGCUGAUAUCUGGGGGGCUAUUUUCUGCUGGAUAUCAAUGGCAGUCUAUCUUCUACUUGUUUGGUAGCCUUGCUAUACUGUGGUUCGUAUGCUGGUGUUUUUUCAUUGCUGAAAGUCCAGCUAAACAUUCCACCAUUACAGACACAGAGCUGGACUAUAUACAGUCCAGUAUAGGGUACACAGAAGAACAAACAGAGAACUUACUUCCACCCUGGCUGGACAUCUUUAGAUCCCCUGCGGUGUGGGCUAUUGUUGCUGCUCAUUUUGCUGAGAACUGGGGAUUCUACACUUGGCUCACAGAGCUUCCCAGCUUCAUGAAGUAUGCUCUGAAUUUUGACAUACAAAAUGCUGGAUAUCUAGCAGCUCUGCCCUAUGCUGUGAUGGGUCUGGUGGUGAUGACCUGUGGUUUCCUAGCAGACUCCCUUUUGGCACACUGCCAGCUAUCAGUUGUUGCUGUCAGGAAAAUGUUUACAUGUGGAGCCUUCCUGAGCCAGCUGGUGUUUAUGGUAGCAGCUGGAUAUCUGAUGACCCCGGUAGCGGCCGUUGUUUGUGUGACCAUUGCUGUGGGGCUGGGGGGCUUUGCCUGGGGAGGAUUCAGUGUCAACCAUCUAGAUAUUGCUCCACAGUAUGCCAGUAUUUUAAUGGGAAUAUCGAACACAUUUGCCACGAUUCCUGGAAUAGUCAGCCCUGGACUAACUGGUGUGAUAGUCAGCAAUCAGCAUGACAAGAGUGAAUGGCAGAUUGUGUUUUACCUAGCGGCAGGAAUCUACAUAGCAGGGGGUGUUAUAUACGGACUGCUGGCCUCGGGCCACAGACAAGAGUGGGCGGAGGUUCCCACGGGGUACAUGUCACAAGUGGACGAAAAUAUCAAAGAUGAUCUAUGAUGAGAGAAUAAAUAUAUAAAAUAAAUCACCAGAGGGGAGGAGAAAGGACGCCAAAGAGGAGGGGAAUGGGUGUUCAGUGUUUACCUCAGGAUCUCUGAAAUUAUGUCUAAAAACUUAAUAAGUGUGCAAUAGAUUUAGCUUUAGUGAGAAAGUAAUUUAUCUGUUGUGGAUCUGUAUUUUAAUUUAUAUGGUAGUAAAUGUUUGGUAAACUUUUUUCUCAGCUAGUUUUAUAAAAGAAAAACUUCCUGCUUAAUUGAUAUCAUAGUUCUAGUAAUCAAUACAAUAAUUAUAUGUACUUUUUAAAAAGUGUGUUUGAUAAGUAAGAUAUUAGAUAUAACUCUAUUUUUCUUUUUAUACGCCCGUCUUAAGACGGGACGUAUUAUGUUAUAGGCUUCCUGUCCAUCCAUCUGUCCGUCUGUCUGUUAGCUCUUUCGUUUCUGGCUCAUAACUUUAAUACUAUUAGGCCUAGGAUUAUCAAACUUUGUCAUCUGAUGCAUCUUGGGUGGAAGGUGUGUCGCGCACAAAAAGUAGGUCGCUCUGACUUUUUAUUAAAAAGUUAUAGCCAAAUAUGGAAAAAUCAUUUCCGGCCCAUAACUAGAAAAUUAUAAGACUUACAAUCAUCAAACUUGGCCAGUUUAUGCAUCUUAGGUAGAAGGUGUGUCGCGACCUAUUUUAAGGUCACUGUGACCUUUAAUUUAAGUGAAAUUUUAAAAAAAAUGUUUCUUUUUACUAUUCAUUUAAGCAUCCCAAAUAAUGUAAGAGUAUUGCACUGUCCUUACUAAAAAAGUGUUAAAUCAAGAAAAUACUUAAUUUUUAAGCAUAUACUUGACAGCAAUCUAUAACAAAUAUAAUGUAUGUUAGAGAAAUCCUACCUCUCCCUUGAGAGUAAUUAUCAAGCACUGGCCAAGAAGAAUUUUGAUAACAGAAAUUUGCAUGUCAAAUUAGAGAGAAAUUAAUGAGUUUUGAGUGUGAGGAUUUAACUGA